CCAAUCCUUCAAUCCAUUGCUCGCAGACUUGUUGGAAGGAACUAUCAAUCGUUGGGACUCUCCAAAACAAUGGCGGCGAGGAACGCAGUUCUCAAGUACCUGAGAGUUAACUGUCGAUCCAAUGUACCCCAGAACCCUAGCAGCGGAACCUUCUCCCUGGCAUUGAGCGGUAGCAAUUUGCUGUGGCGGCGGCACUUAUCGGAGGAGGUGAGGGGCUCUUUCCUCGACAAAUCCGAGGUUACUGAUCGUGUCAUCACGGUCGUCAGGGCCUUCCAGAAGGUUGAUCCUUCCAAGGUAAGUCCAAAUGCUCAUUUCCAGAAUGAUCUUGGGUUGGAUAGUUUAGACACAGUAGAGGUCGUGAUGGCACUGGAAGAAGAGUUUGGUUUUGAGAUUCCGGAUAAUGAAGCUGACAAGAUCAACACCAUUAACCUUGCUGUUGACUUCAUCGCAUCCCACCCUCAGGCAAAAUGAUGAUGAAAAGAAAUAAAGGUAGCGCAAUUUUUCCUCCCGGUCCCUGUGACUGCCUGAGGAGGAACUGCUAACUCAUUGCAUCUGAAGAGAGGGAGGGUAUGCUUCUUGUGUUUUUUGGUUUGGACAUCAAACUAAUUCUUUGUUUUCAUGCGGGUGGGUUCUUCAGGUUGGUUGGGAUGUAUUUAGGGUAUCCAUGGAUCCCUGUUAAUGCUACUUGCGAUGCACUUUCAUUGUUUAAUGACUGCUGAAAUGAUAAUACUUUGGGAACAAAUUAUUGUAU